GCCGCCGCUCGCGCCCGGCCAUGGCGGAGCUUUCAGAGCCUUGCACUGAAGCACCCCAGAUGUCCUGGCUCACAAAGAGGAUCACAACGAGAUGUCAGCCAUGACUGUGUUGUAUUGAUGCUCUGACCUUCUGCCAUCAGAUGCUCUCAGUCAGCUCAAAGGCAUCACUUAAUUACCUGCUUGCUCCCUACCUAGGCUGAACUUGAUGAACAGCAUUUCCACGUCCCUCAGCCCACGGAGCUGCAGAUGUUCUGGAUUGCUUUUCAAGCUUCAGCCCGUAUUGCUGCCUAAACUGAAUGCCUCAAAGCAGGAGCCUGUCCUCACCAUCCUGUCUCAUCUCUUCCUACCUCACCUCUGCUUGCACACCUCCCAGGCUCCUUUGCUGCCUGCCCAGCUCUGAAUUUCUUGCCCGGCCCCUCUGUGUCUCCUGAAUGUGGCCUCGGUGGGCAGGCAGAGCCCGAGGGUGGUGCCAUACCCAGCCCACAGCCUAUGUCCUGGAGAGCCCAGCCUUCAGAGCGCAGCAGUUGUGUCCAUGGGCUCAGCUGAUCACCGACUGAACCUGGCAGAGAUCCUUUCGCAGAACUACGGCGUGCGGGAAGAAAGGGAAGAAGAUGAUGAUGCUCAGGAGAAGCAGAAGUCUUUAGAAGAGCUGGAGAAGAGUUUCAGUGCCUCUCAGCUGCUGUUGUUCUCGGUGAUUGUUCCAUGCCUGAUGAAGCUUUGUCCUCCUCUCGCUCAGAGCAGUGAAAUGCCAUUUGAGGAGCUGCUUGCACUUUAUGGCUAUGAGGCAUCCAAUCCCAUUUCAGAGCAGGACAGCGAGAGCAAUGACAUCCCUCCAAACCUUCCCGAUAUGACUCUGGAUAAGGAACAAAUAGCGAAGGAUUUGCUUUCAGGGGAAGAAGAGGAGACGCAAUCUUCAGCUGAUGAUCUGACUCCAUCGGUCACGUCCCACGAUGCAUCAGACCUAUUCCCAAACCAGCCUGGCUCAAACAACUUCCUUGCUGAUGAAGACAAAGAGCCCUGUUCAUCUCCAUGUGCUUCCUCCAUGGCUGAGGAAUCAGAGGAGGAUUCCAUGCCAUCUAGCGAGUGUAAGAAGGACAUCAGUAUUGGACCUCAGUUCCAAGCCACCGUUCCCAUCCUCCACUUAAACAGGCACAGUGAAAAAGCCUAUGAAAAUGAAGAUCAGCUGCUUUGGGACCCAAACAUCCUACCUGAAAGAGAGGUUGAAGAGUUCCUAUACCGUGCUGUGAAGCGGCGGUGGGACGAGCUGUCUAGCAGCAGCCUGCCAGAAGGGGAGAUGGUGAAAGACAACGAACAGGCUUUGUAUGAGCUGGUGAAAUGCAACUUCAAUGCAGAAGAGGCAUUACGGAGGUUACGGUUCAACGUGAAGGUUAUCAGAGAUGAGCUCUGUGCCUGGAGUGAAGAAGAAUGUAGAAAUUUUGAACAUGGCUUCAGGGUCCAUGGGAAAAACUUCCAUCUUAUCCAGGCAAACAAGGUCCGCACUCGGUCAGUGGGUGAAUGCGUGGAGUAUUACUACAUGUGGAAGAAGUCAGAACGCUACGACUACUUCACUCAGCAGACCCGUUUAGGAAGGAAGAAGUACGUCCUCCACCCUGGAGCCACGGAUUACACUGACAACGAUUUGGAUGGGGGUGAGGUGGAAAACGCCAGCCGCUCUCGGAGCUUCCCACCCAUCCCCUCUGCCACCAGCUGCCUGGACUCUCACUUUGGCCAAGACCAGCUAGCAAUUGAGAGCACAGAGCCCCUGAGCGUGGAGAGCACAGCCUGCAGCCUGGGCAGCAUGAGUGAAUCAGGACAGGGCUACGAGUGCAGUACUCCUUCAGAGACGAAUUGUUCCUUUGACCCUGCAGAGGAGGCCUCCUCAGGCACCAUCUCUGCCUCCUGCACACGGCAUACUGUCACCCCCUCGGACACGGGGCUCUUUGCUUUGCCACCAGCAGGACCAGGACUGGCAGAGAAGCAGGAGACAUUACAAAGCUCUGGUGAGACGAUAACCAUGGACUUCACUCUCCCUGCAGACAUUAACGAGGGUUUGCCUUUAAUUGCUGGCCCUGUGGAUUUGGGCAGAGACCCAGAGGCAGUGGUGGCCCCUGCGCAAGUGUCCUUAUCGGUCACAGAUUUUGGCCUCAUUGGCAUCGGAGAUGUAAAUAGUUUCCUGACUGCUCAUCAGGCCUGCUCAGCACCUGUGGCUCGAUCAGAGCCUUUGUCACAGUGAGAAUCUUCAGUCACGAACCUGUCACGGACCCAGCAAGGACUUGGACCUGACUGAGUCAAAUCCUGGAACUUCCACUGUUCUGUAGGGACAGUUUGGAGCUCUUGGUCAGAAUCCUUCUUUCCAUCCUCCCUGAUCCAAGGCUACAGUGAAACCAAACACA